CCCGGCCUGGCCUCGCCUCGCCUCACGUCCCGCCUCCGCUUUCGCCGCCGCCGCCGCCGCCGCCAUGGAGUGCCCUCACCUCGGCUCCAGCGUCUGCCUCGCGCCGGACUCGGCCAAGUUCCCUCAGGGAUCGCCCUCGUCGUGGUGCUGCAGCGUCUGCCGCUCUAACAAAAGUCCGUGGAUCUGCCUGACUUGCUCAAGUGUCCACUGUGGAAGAUACGUAAAUGGCCAUGCAAAGAAACAUUAUGAAGAUGCCCAGGUUUCUUUAAUUAACCACAAGAAAACAGAAAAGCAAGAGAAGGUUCAACACACAGUAUGCAUGGAUUGCAGUAGUUACAGUACAUACUGUUAUCGUUGUGAUGACUUUGUAGUCAAUGAUACCAAGCUUGGCCUGGUACAGAAAGUCCGAGAGCACCUUCAAAAUUUGGAAAAUUCAGCUUUUACAGCAGAUCGACAUAGGAAAAGAAAACUUCUGGAAAACGCCUCCUUAAACAGCAAAUUGUUAAAAAUAAAUGGGAGCACCGCAGCCCUGUGUGCUACAGGCCUUCGGAAUCUGGGGAACACAUGUUUUAUGAAUGCGAUUCUUCAGUCACUCAGUAACAUUCAGCAGUUCUGUUGCUACUUCAAAGAAUUGCCUGCCGUGGAGCUUCGGAAUGGAAAGACUGCAGGCCGGCGAACGUACCACACCCGGAGUCAAGGGGAUAACAGCGUAUCAUUGGUGGAAGAGUUUCGGAAGACGCUAUGUGCUCUGUGGCAAGGAAGUCAAACGGCAUUCAGCCCUGAAUCUUUGUUUUAUGUAGUUUGGAAAAUCAUGCCGAACUUUAGGGGGUACCAGCAGCAAGACGCCCAUGAAUUCAUGCGUUACCUUUUGGACCAUCUGCACUUGGAACUCCAAGGAGGCUUCAACGGUGUUUCCCGCUCGGUCAUCUUGCAAGAGAAUUCUGGUCUCUCCGCUGGCAGUAGAUGCUGCAUAAACGGCACAUCUACCGUUGUCACAGCCAUCUUUGGAGGCAUUCUUCAGAAUGAAGUCAACUGCUUGAUCUGCGGGACUGAAUCCAGAAAGUUUGACCCAUUCCUAGACCUUUCGCUAGAUAUUCCAAGCCAGUUCCGAAAUAAACGUAGUAAGAACCAAGAAAAUGGACCAAUGUGUACGUUACGGGACUGCCUCCGCAGUUUUACAGACCUGGAAGAACUUGAUGAAACGGAGCUCUACAUGUGCCACAAGUGUAAAAAGAAGCAGAAGUCCACCAAGAAAUUCUGGAUUCAGAAACUACCAAAGGUGCUAUGUUUACAUCUGAAACGCUUUCACUGGACAGCAUAUUUGAGGAACAAAGUGGACACAUACGUCGAGUUUCCCCUGAGAGGCCUAGACAUGAAGUGUUACUUGCUAGAGCCUGAAAACAGCGGCCCAGAAAGUUGCCUGUAUGACCUUGCAGCGGUGGUUGUGCACCAUGGUUCAGGGGUUGGCUCUGGACAUUACACCGCGUACGCGACGCACGAAGGCCGCUGGUUCCAUUUCAAUGACAGCACCGUAACUCUGACCGACGAGGAGACUGUGGUGAAAGCCAAGGCCUACAUCCUCUUCUACGUGGACCGGCAGGCCAAGUCGGGAUCUGACAAACUUUAAUACCUCUCCCCGCCCUUUGCAUAUCAAGUCCGCCGGACAAAACAUUUCCAAUCCUCCACAGAUACUUGAUCCAAGACUCUUGAUUUCAUUGUGCACUUUUCUUGAAAUUUUUCUUGUGGGUUCUAGUUUUACUUUGUCAGUAGUAGCAUUUGAUUUGUUAAAAUAUGGACACAAGCUAACUUUGUUGUUAGUGAAACCACAAAAAAAAAAAACCACCCACCUCGGCAGAUAUUGAUUUGCUGCUUUAACUCAAUUUUUAUAUAUAGUUUCAAGAUCUACUUUAGUUGUUUGACUUUUGUAUAUGAAUAUUCCAGUUUGCUUUCUAAAGGCACAUCUACAUCAGAGAAACUUGAAUCCUUUCAAUAAGCACGAUUGUGUACUCAAUUAUGAAACAGACCUUUCUUAGCUGUUAUGCAAGACUUCUUUCUCUUAAGAUCAAGGACUUGUACCUACAGCUCGGGUCCUGAACACAUUACAUUUGGACAAAUUUUUGGCUGCCUGUUUGAAAAAAAGAAAGAAAAAAGGGAUGAAACGUGGCCUCGUUAAGUGGGCCAUAUAAUUGCUGCUACUUUUGUCUACAGAGGCUGCUUUCUUCCAAUAUUCCCUUUACGUUAGUAGCUGGCUGUGUUGUUAGUGAUGAAAGUUAUUUCAAAAGUUCAGUUUUUCCUUUAACAGACAACCUUGCCGAAGGUUAGAUCCAACAUCGUGCUAGCCGAAGUCCAUUAGCACAGCUGGACUUCCUCUUUCCUGCAGCCCUGUGCAGCUCUUGAAAAUCUGCUCGGAAGGGUUUCCCAUCCUCCCAGAGCAGAUUUUGAGGGCACGUGGGGGGAGGGGGGCUGCACGGGGAAUCACCCCUCCCAUUUUUGAUGAUCCAACCCCUACGACAGCAAUUAAGCUACCAGUGAAUCUGAGGAUAUUCAGGAUUUGCUAGCCUGGUGUGUAGAAUCAUUCCUUGAAUGCCUUCCUGCUCCCUUCUGUCACGAUAACUUUUGAGGUGGAAUGUAUGAAAAUUCCAUCCAAACGUCAUGCAAGCAGAAAUCACAGAUGGCCGUAAAAGCAGAAAGGAACACCCGGUGUAGGCUUGGAAGAUGAGUGCAUCAUCUAGGCUAGUGUUAUGUGCCCCCUACCGAAGACAGACGCCUUCCCAAAUGUCCUGACAUGGCAUGUUUUGCAACAUCGUGUGUCCCAGUUCUGGAUUUUUCAUUGAAUUUCUUCUCUUUGUGUCUCAUAUUUGUUUGCUGCAAAUUAGGUUUACAGUUGUAGGUAGUGUGGGGCCUCUUUGGUUGGCUGACAUGAGCAAAGGUCUGUACAGAUGUGUGUGCUCUUGCAGCGCCAGCUGUUUUGAGGGAUGAGAAGCUGGCCUCAUGCUGUGCCCAUGUGAUUUAUGCAUCGUUGGUGUCCUUGUCGGUCUGCCCCUCCUCUCUCACGGUGUGUCUCUCUUUCUCUUUCACUGACUGAUAGCACCCCUGUAUGGAGCUAUUUUAAAAGGGCAGCUAUGGGGCCUCCCAGCUCUUCUCUUGCCAAGCAGGCCAGAUAAUUUAUUUGAUAGAACAAGACCGAAGUAUGAGCCUCAACUUCGAAUGUCGCCUUCAAAUAUGCAUAUUGCAGAAAGGUCCGUGGUAGAGGUAUAAGGGAUCUGUUGGGCUGUAACUGUAACCUCUAUUCCACCUACGAGGCGGAGGGGAAGUGCCUGACCACGGAUCUGUGCUGGUCUCCCUUCCAUAGUAGCUCCCAUUGGAACGGAGGACUAAGGUUCAGAAAGUGAUGUAAAUGUGCCUUUCUUGAUCACUUCGUAACGGCCACCACCACAAGAGACAUCCAGCUUCGUGAAUAGCUGCCCCUGGUUCUCAUUUCUCCUGCUCCUGUCCUUCACUCCUCCCCCUCCCCUCCGGUUACUGUAAGGGGAUUCUUUCCCCUGUGACACAGCGUUUAUUCUUUUUGGAAUGUGGCACUGUAAAUGCCAUGCACUUA